AGAAAGGCCUUUCGUUUUAUUGAAAAAAUGUUCAAGACUUAAUAAGUUUUAUGAUAAACUAUGAAUAGAUUAUCACAAACAUUUGAUCUGAGGUUGGAAGAAGGACCAAGAAGAGGAAUACCCAAAGUUAAACCGAUAACCGAAAGAUCUAUCUUAAAAUCGUGCUUAUACAACUUACCUAUAGGGAGUCUACAAUUUAUCUUACCUGCCUUAAUAUUACUCAUUAUUGGAGCUGUUUUAUUUAUUAUUUCUUCAGAAGACGAAGACACAAAAGUUGGAUUAAUUUAUUUAAUUAUUGGUGGAAUAUUAACAUUAUUAAGCAUGGGAUGCUGCAUGACGAGUUAUUGUAAAUAUAGGAUAAAAGAAAGAAAGAAAAUUGAGUUGGAAGAGGCUGAUGGAGAUAAGUUUUAUGGCAAAUAUAGAAGACAUGCUAGUAAAGGGAUAACGAAUCCUGGUUUUGAUAGUACAAUUUGAAUCGAUUGUUUCAGCAUUUGUACGUUUAUUUUUCAUUGUUAAACAUUCCAGUUUAUAACUAUACAUUGCACGUUUAUCUCUGUACAAUGUAUAUUAUACUCGGUCUAUAAUCAAUAUUAUGUUAUUUUACAGGUGUUUUGUAGUGGCAUCUGGUGUACGGUCUCUAUUUUUCAAUCCCUUUUUCUUUUAAUUCUUACAUAACAUUAUGCUCAUGAAGAAAUAAGCUUUCUAUAUCUCAAGAUGGCGCUUUAAUAUUGAUCUUACUAUUUGCUAUGCAAGUUUGAUGCGCCACCUGGAGAAAAAAUUGAGACUUAGCAAUAUAUUGUGACAGUCAUUAUCAAAAAAUGAAAAACUUUAUGUUUAUUCAUAUUUGUUUGACGGACGUAAACUUGAUUAUUACAAACUAUAUUUUCUUUACCUAAUAAUAAAAUUAUAUACAAAAGUCACAUGA